AUGUGCUUCUUCCCACCCCCUGCAUCAUGUCGUGAGGAGCUGCCAUGCUUGCUCCAGAGGGACCUGCAGUGGCACCUUACUGCCUUUGACUGCUCCACCAGGUGCAGCUCAGAUGAGCAGCAGGUCGUGGCCUCCCACCCAUUCCCCUCUGGGAGCCCCGGAGAGUUCCACUACGCUGCUGCCCUCCUCCCGCCAGCAGGGGGCGCCCAGGAGACCGCGGGCAAGGAGCUUGGAGAGCAGAGCCCCCGCCGCUCUCUUCUGGAGUCAGGACGAAGGCUGCCGCUCUCCCAAUCGUCCGCGGCGAGGCUCCGGGACGUGCUAGAAGCGGAAUCCGGAACCCGGAGCCUCGGAGAGAGCGGCGGGGACGGGCCUGGCGCCGGCGGCGGCGGAGGGAGCGCCGCGGGCGGGCGAUGUGAGCGCGGCGCUCUCGGCAGAUUACGCUUCACGUCAGUAGAAAUGGACAGCAGCAGUUUUAUUCAGUUUGACGUGCCCGAGUACAGCAGCACCGUUCUGAGCCAGCUAAACGAGCUCCGCCUGCAAGGGAAACUAUGUGACAUCAUUGUCCACAUUCAGGGUCAGCCGUUCCGAGCCCACAAAGCAGUCCUCGCUGCCAGCUCCCCGUAUUUCCGGGACCAUUCCGCACUAAGUACCAUGAGUGGCUUGUCCAUAUCAGUGAUUAAAAACCCCAAUGUGUUUGAACAGUUGCUUUCGUUUUGUUACACUGGAAGGAUGUCCCUGCAGCUGAAGGAUGUGGUCAGUUUUCUGACGGCAGCCAGCUUUCUUCAGAUGCAGUGUGUCAUCGACAAGUGCACGCAGAUCCUGGAGAGCAUCCACUCGAAAAUCAGCGUCGGGGACGUGGACUCAGUGACCGUCGGCGCCGAGGAGACCCCGGAGAGUCGGAAUGGAGUUAAAGACGGCAGCUUCUUCGCCAACCCAGUCGAAAUCUCCCCUCCCUACUGCUCUCAGGUACGGCAGCCCGCCGCCGGCAGCGAUCUUCGGGUGGAGACGACGCCCAGCAAAGCUCUGCGCAGCCGCCUGCAGGAGGAAGGGCACUCGGACCGAGGGAGCAGCGGGAGCGUUUCCGAGUACGAGAUUCAGAUAGAGGGGGACCACGAGCAAGGGGACCUGCUGGUGAGGGAGAGCCAGAUCACCGAGGUGAAGGUGAAGAUGGAGAAGUCCGACCGGCCCAGCUGUUCCGACAGCUCCUCCCUGGGGGACGACGGCUACCACACCGAGAUGGUCGACGGGGAGCAGGUCGUGGCGGUGAACGUGGGUUCCUACGGGUCUGUGCUCCAGCACGCCUACUCCUAUUCCCAGGCAGCCUCCCAGCCCACCAGCGUAGCGGAAGCUUUUGGAAGUUUGAGUAAUUCCAGCCCAUCCAGGUCCAUGCUGAGCUGUUUCCGAGGAGGGCGUGCCCGCCAAAAGCGGGCUUUGUCUGUCCAUCUGCACAGUGAUCUGCAGGGGUUGGUGCAGGGCUCAGACAGCGAAGCUGUGAUGAGUAACCCCGGGUAUGAGAGCAGCCCCCGGGAGAGGAGUGUGAGAGGGCACUGGUACCCGUACAACGAGAGGCUGAUCUGUAUUUACUGCGGAAAGUCCUUCAACCAGAAAGGCAGCCUCGACAGGCAUAUGCGACUCCACAUGGGGAUCACCCCCUUUGUGUGCAAGUUCUGCGGGAAGAAGUACACGCGGAAGGACCAGCUGGAGUACCACAUCCGGGGCCACACUGAUGACAAACCGUUCCGCUGUGAGAUCUGCGGCAAGUGCUUUCCAUUCCAAGGCACCCUCAACCAGCACCUGCGGAAAAACCACCCGGGGGUCUCGGAAGUCAGGAGUCGCAUCGAGUCCCCCGAGAGAACAGAUGUGUACGUGGAACAGAAACUAGAAAAUGACGCGUCGGCCUCCGAGAUGGCCCUCGAUUCCCGGAUGGAAAUUCACACAGUGUCCGAUGCUCCCGAUUAAGAUGGUAAAGAAGUGCACCCAAACAAAGCACAUAAAUCAAUGCAUAGUUGUGAUUUGCUUUGUUGUAAUCUUUAGUUCUCCCAACCAUCUGGAAAUCUCUUGGUCUCUUGGCAGUUUUUCUAAGGUUUCUGGAAGGAGCACUUCAUCGUGUUUAUCCUUUCCUCCGUCCUCCCUCCCCCAAGGAGCUCAAAGCAUGAAGGGCAUCAUAUCCAGGGAAAACACAGGCUGACAGUAUUCCUCUUUGGCCGAACUCGGAAUCCACAAUCUGCCAGUGACUUAGCUAUGCCAACUGGUUGACCCUGUAUUCUCCGCCAAGGGGCGUGCGCUCUCGCCCGGGCCGCCGCACCCCGGCACCAGUGCACUUGCGUGGAGAGGGGCUGAGAUGCCGUCAGCUGAUACAAAUGGGUAACCUUUUCUAAUUUAAAGUUACUUUUACGGAGUAGUUAGACAAUUUAUAUAUAUAUAUAAUAAAAUGAUUAUUAUAUAUAUAGUAUAUAUACAUUCUCAAAUUUGGUUUUAUUCUGGUUGAGGUGAAUGUAAGAAGAAUAUAUAAUUUAAUACAAUGUGAACAGAGCUUUUGACUCUGUCUCGUCCCUACCUAAUGUGUUAGGGUUUUGCCCCUUUAUUUCCCUUACGAAAGAAUGUUAAUAGGUUUUCAUAUAUAUUAAUCAUUGUGUCCAAAAGCAAGCAAAGCAAAUCACAGUGUUCAUAGCUCUGCUUCGUAACAAAUACAUAAACCAAAUGCCAUAAAAUGUAUUCAACUCUAGUUGGAAACCAUUUGGAAUUUCUGUUAGUUGUCCAGUGGGUGAGCUGGACGACCCGUGGUGCUGACCUUUUCACACAGUGUCGUGUUUUAUUAGCCAACCCCAAAGGAGCAGUGGUUUUCAGUGUUUUUACUGGCCUCCGAAUCUACCUUCAUUCCGUACUGUAGAAACAUACACACCAGGUAACUAAUCGAAUCACUCUCUACCGUGAGUUACUACUCGCACUAAAGGAAAGGGAUUUGUAGUUCUGUCUACAAUAUUCUCCAAGCAGUGUUGUGGUUGAUUUUGUUUUGUUUUGUUUUUCCUUUCUUUUUUCAAACAGCCAGUUCAGGUGCACAGCAACUUUUUCUACAUGCAGUUCCCAGGGAAACUGCAGAACUUGGAAUUUGUACUUUUGUAAAGAUAUAUACUCUACGGGAAUUGCAAGCAAUAUAUCUCUCUUAGUAUCGUGUGUGCUAACGAGAGCCUCCGAGGCUCCCCCACUCAGUGUUUCCUGCGUACAGAAACCAACAGUUCAGAGCCCUCUAAGACACUCUGUGUCACCAAAUCCGUGUGUUUCACCUCGUUCUUAUUUUGGUCACGUGGUGCUAUAUUUUUAUGUUGUGUAUCCUUUAGGUCAGUAUAGCCGUAGAAAAUGUGAAAUUAAAUGGUAAUAGUGAAUUACAGUUUUUUUCCUCUCGAGUUUAUAGCUUGAAAAGAGACCUCAAAAGCAUGUGCUGGCAAACACAUUACUGUAUAAAAACACAGACCUAUUUGAAUAAUGUUUUAUUAGUGCUUUAGGAAAUGUCCUCAGUUCUAUAUUUUGUUCACCCGUGUGCUUCUAGCAAACAAAACGGGCUUUACAAGAUUGCUGUGGGACUGCACCGUCCGACAGAGCAAUCUUGUUGUGAGCAACCAGCUGCGAGCUGCCUGUGGGAGGUCAGCACUGCAGACUCUGCCGGAGACCUUGGCUCUGACACUCACAGCCAGUGCGUCUCCUCCUCCUCCUCCGCGGAGAGCAGCACAGACCACCUAAAAGAAAACAAGCAAAAAGACCAACCUCAGAGGCUAGGAGUUAAAGGAAUACAAAAAUAGACGUUUGCUGGUUUUCCAUGCUUUUUUGGCUCUUAAAAUGCCAAGAAUUGUGGGGGAGGGGUCGGGGGGUUGUUUUUUUGUUUGUUUCGUGGGGGGUUAUUUUGAGAAAAGUGAGUCGUUCAGGCCCUUGUGUGUGACCGUCCCCGGGAGUGGCAGCUGUGCGGUGGCAUCUCUUCAGCACACGGGGUGUGCUCGCGUGUGGGCUGUGGCGCCCGCACCCGUGUCCCCGCGCACAGUCUGCACUCAGUCCCGCUGCCCCCGAGGGGCGGCCCUGCUGAAUCGGGUAUACUAUGCCUUUUCCUGUCAAACUGCCUAAGUAAGGGGCUUGCCCUCUCCCUGGAGCACUUGCUCAGCUCCCGUCAAAGCCGCGUGCCUCACGGGGAGGCUGGACCCCCAGUGUUUACCCACUUACAUGUGUUCUGGGGUUUCAGGUAAAUGUUUGUGGCUUUUUUUUUUCCUUACACGAAUAAGUUUGGUUUUGAUUUUUUGUUUAAAGAAUUAAAUGCAAAAAUUUGUGUUGUGAUACAAAAUUAAGUUUGUGACAAGAAAUGCCCAAAUGAAGGACAUGAGAGGUGAGGCUCAGGGAAGGAACCUCCUUUUCUCUCAGGCUUGAGGCCCUUGGAGAGGCCUCCAGAGCAUCUGCGGUGUGUCCGACCAGGUGGGAGGAGAGAGCACUUGGGGCGAGCACCUCGAAUGUCCUGUCCUUGUCACCGUGUCCGUCUUAGCCUUCUCUGUACACGGGAGUCUUUGUACUUGUAAAUUUGUUUAACUGGUUUGAGUUUACCAAAGAGUGACUUAUCCAAAAUUGUCUUUGACAAAAAUAUACAUUGCUUUGAUUGUACAGUUCAGGUUCAAACAUUGUAAUGGGACUGUUAAGGGGCAGAAAAUUGAUUGAGUUUCUCUCGAAUAAUGAUUCCACAUUUUGCAAGUUCCACUUGCUCCCAUUCGUGUUGCUAACACUUUACCCUUUCCACUGCUAGCAGUGUUAAGAAAGAAUUCUCAAGCCAUAACACAGUACUGUAAGGUUCCGCAGGGCUUCGAGGGAGCGGCGCGGGGGCCAGCGCACGGCCGUGCGGCCUCUCUGAGCGUGCGUCCUGCCACGCCUCUCCGUGUGCGUGGCGGGGGAGAGAUCACUCCAUUCCGAUCGGGCAGCAGCGAUCACUUGUGCCUUGUCACGUGAGGAUGGGCCAGGAGGACUGACGUGACCACAGAACAGAAACACCCUCUCCCCGAAGCUCACGGCCCGUCUCCGCAGACGCAGGACGCUGUGUGACUCCUUAGAACAGCUCUUUUUGAAAAGCGAAGUCCCUCUUUCUGUACAGUUUUAGAUUAGGUGUUUCCUUUAUGACAAAUGCAAAAAUCAAUUACGAUUAAAGUGAUAUGUGAAGAAGUCUUUUACAGUAAGAUAUAUCCUGAAUUCAUACAGGUUUGUUCAUAAUUGAGUCUCUUCUUGAGCUACCUUUCCCACACAUAGACAAUGUGAAGACAGUGACAGCGUCCUUUUCUCUAGGGGUUUUACCUGUUCUUACAAACUGUGAAAACAAAGGAUUUUAUACUUUACGUGAGUUUGUGGUUCUAAACGGUUAUUUUCAUUUUAAUCAGUUCUCUACCCUCUAAUUUCUACUAAAGCUGUAAAUACAUUUAGAAAUUAUAUUUGUAAAUACAGUAUAUGAAGACAAGUUAAUUUUUUGGUCAGUGGAAAAAACCUCCCAGUUGGCUCUGCCUUGGCCG